UAUAAAGCCUCCCCAUCUUUACCAUCUUCCUACAAAUCUCAUGUGUUCAUUUUAUAUUUGUGAAAUAAAACAAACUAAGUUAAGCAUGAAUUUUGGUUAUCUUGAAGUCAUCAUAUUACUCUCAGAUAUAUAAGUGCGGGUGCAAUCCAAGAUCAAGACCAAGUUUCCUCUUCUUCAAACCGAACGCUAAAGACUUGUUGAAAAAUUUAAAGAGGACCGACUUAAAUGGAGAGGACAAGUUUGUUUAUCACUCCUGAAUUUAUAAACGAUAUGGCUGCUUCAUCUUCUUCGGCAUCACUUUUUGGAUUCAGAGAAGAGGAUCCAAAUCAAAUGAAUCAACAGCAACAUUCCUUGCCACCGUCAUCAACAACUGCAGCUCCAGCUCCGGCUGCAACAUCUCAGAAGAAAAAGAGAAACCAACCUGGAACACCAAAUCCAGAUGCAGAGGUGAUAGCACUAUCUCCCAAGACCCUAAUGGCAACAAACAGGUUUAUCUGUGAGGUAUGCAACAAAGGGUUCCAAAGAGAGCAAAACCUACAGCUCCACAGAAGAGGACACAACUUGCCUUGGAAGCUUAAGCAGAAGACAACAAAAGAGCCUAAGAGAAAGGUUUAUCUCUGUCCUGAGCCCACAUGUGUUCAUCAUGACCCUUCCAGAGCACUCGGUGACCUCACCGGAAUCAAGAAACACUUCUCUCGCAAACACGGCGAGAAGAAAUGGAAGUGUGAUAAGUGCUCUAAGAAAUACGCUGUUCAAUCUGAUUGGAAAGCACAUUCCAAAACUUGUGGCACCAGAGAAUACAGGUGUGACUGCGGCACUCUCUUCUCCAGGAGAGACAGUUUCAUAACUCAUAGAGCUUUCUGCGAUGCAUUGGCUCAAGAGGGUCCAAGACAGCCACCAAUAACCCUAACUGGUGCCAUUGGAUCACAUCUUUUCGGAAGUGGCGGCAGCGGCGGAGGUGGCGGCAACAACAACAACAGCAUGGGUUUAAACUUAUCCCAAGUUGCUCCACAAAUGCCCAACAUGCAACAUCAACAAGACCACCACAACAAUUCAGCCACUGAAAUCCUGCGACUCGGUGCAGCCGCGAGUCGAACCGGACAAUUCGACCACCACAACAUUCUCCAGUCCACUUUCAGACCUAAUUCCUUCUUCAACAAUAACAUUCAUGAUCCAAACCAAAACUAUGUUUCUGAUCAAGGAUUGAUGAUGCAGCAGACUAAUAACAACACCGCCAACAACAGCAAUCUCUUCAACAUUCCGAAUUUCCUUUCGAGUAACAGUACUACUAAUACUAACAGUAGCAACAACUCAUUCUCCGAGCACUUGAAUAUGAAUAAUGAAGGGACAAAUUUCUUCACUGGAUCAGGUGGAACAAGUAGUGCUCCAUCACUUUUCAGCAACUGUUUCCCUCAAGGAGGUGGAAACAGUAGCAACAACAAUAUCAAUGCUGUUACUGCUAUAUCUUCAAUGUCAGCAACUGCACUUCUUCAGAAAGCUGCUCAAAUGGGUGCAACUUCAAGCAAUGGAAACGGUACCACCGCAACUUCGCUUCUCAAGAGCUUCGGAAACAACACUCCUGCUACUAAUUCAGCUUCUUCCGGUGGUGUUGGUACUGGUGCUGGUGUUGCUGGUGCCGGUGGUGGCGAGCAUAACAGAAUUCUCCAGAUGGGAGGUGGAAGUGUAAACUACGGUUUUGGCGGCGGGAAUAACGAACAGAGUAAUUUGCAGGAUUUGAUGAACUCUUUUGCUGCUACCGGGAAUGCUUCAAUAUUUGAAACGGGAAGAGGAGGUGUAGGGCUUGGAAGUGGAGGUGCAGAUAGCAGUCAACUAACUCGUGACUUUUUAGGAGUUGGUGAGAUAGUGAGAAACAUGAGCGGUGUUGUUGGAGGACAAAGGGAACAACAACAACAACAACAGAAUCAUCAACAUGCAGCAGCUGCAUUUAACCUGCCAGUUUCCAUGGAAGGAGAUCAAAGAAACAUUCAUGCUGCACAGUCCUUUGGAGGCGGAGGAAGAGGAGGAGCUGGUGGUGGAGCAGGAGCAGGAAAUUUUCACUAAUCAUUAUCAUCUUUCAUAAAGGAUUUCAACAUGCUCCAUUGGAACUUGAUCUAAUUAAAGAUUUUGAGACUACUGUGAAGAAUAUGUGGAAAUUCCUGAAUUUUCUUGAAGCUUCUUCAAACUCUGUUAAAUCCCCCUCCCCCAAUUUUUUUUUUCCUGAUACAUAUUAGCUUCAAGUUUUUUUUAUGGUUUAUUUAAUAGAUUUUGUUAUUGGGUAAUUGAUAUUUAUCAUAUAUAUUUAAAUGCGACAAUAAACCAGUUAUAACCUUUUUUUUAUAUAUAUAAUAUAGACCAGUUAUGACUUA